CGAAAAGCGACGCCUCUCUCUCUCUCUCUCUCUCUCUCUCUCUCUCUGCUCGACAAACUCAGAGUUGAAUUGGAGAACUUUCUCUUCUUCUCUCUCCGAACCCUAGGGUUUAAAUCAGCUCCUCCCUUCCGCUCUCUCCUUCGCGAGAGCAAUGCCUCGGUAUUACUGCGACUACUGUGACACUUACUUGACUCACGACUCUCCUUCAGUCAGAAAGCAGCAUAAUGCAGGAUACAAGCACAAGGCAAAUGUGCGUCUUUAUUACCAACAAUUCGAGGAACAACAGACCCAAAGUUUGAUUGAUCAAAGGAUCAAGGAACAUCUGGGACAAACAGCGGCUUUCCAGCAGGUUGGUGCUGCUUAUAAUCAGCAUCUUAUGGGUCAGAGGCCUCACAUGCCUAUUCUACCUACACCCGUCAUGCCUAUGGGAUCGCAGUUACCGAAUGCACCUGGAAUUAGACCACCAGUUUUGCCAAGACCACCUCCUGGUGCACAAGGUUAUGGCCAUCUAAAUAUGCCACCUAUGAUGGCACCGCCUGGUGCCCCUGGCUUUCCUCAAAUGAAUGGUUUGCCUAGGCCUCCUACGUUGAACAUUCCACCUACAGCUCCUGGGAGCUCGGGGACUCCAACUUCAGGAAGUGCUCCUCUGAUGGUUCCACCUCCGGCUUAUCAACCUAAUCCAGCUGCACCACCAAGUGGAGGCUUCGACAGCUUAAAUGCGAACCCCAAGGCACCAGAUACCGAUCAUUAGCUUUGUUCUGCAGGUGGCGUUGAAGAUUUGGCUAGACAUCUGAGUGAACAAUUCCGUCCAAAGAAACCCUCGGAAACAACGCGAUACUCCCGUGAAACGCAUGGAAAGAUAUCAUGUCAGGUCGACCUCUAUAAUGGAUAAAGGCUUGAACUGUACCAGUGACACAAGCCUUGUGUUGUGCCUCUGCCUGCGACUUAUCUAUUUAGUCUUAUGUAAGUAGCAACAAUUCACUUCAUUCGAUAAGGUAGCGCAUCCUCUUUCUAAAGGGUGGGAGCAUACAUUGCUCUGACCAUUUGCCACAUCUAAGGGAAUUUCUGUUAAGCAUCAUGCCAGGCAAACAAAGUAGAAGAAAAAAUCAGCUAGGUCUUGGAGGUCGAUAUUGAUUUGAAUGUUGCAAGAUAGAAAUCAGUGCCCAGUGACUCUGAA